AUGGCUUGCGAUCAUUUACUUGACUCCUUGCCGUCUCGCCUCGGUGUUGCGCGAUUCCUGGGCAAGGUGAGUCACUGGCACCAAGGGCCCCACCAUGGCCAGCGCUUGAAAGCCGCAGGCUUCCAGUUGGCGCGGGCACCCACGGUGAAAAGAAGCGCGUCUGAUGCCCAGGUAGUGGUGUUAAAGGCAUUUGUGGUGGUGCUCGCCGACGACUACGGCACAGACAACGAUGUUGAGGCUAUUGUGGUCAAGGCCUUUGAUGACGGCUCGAAGGCCCGUCCCUUUGGUCAUGCCCUCGUGGCCGGCAUCAACCGCGCACCGCUGAAGGUUACCAGGCGGAUGUCCAAGAAGAAGAUCACCAAGCGCACAAAGGUCAAGCCUUUCGUGAAAUAUGUGAACUACAACCACAUCAUGCCGACCCGCUACAAUGUGCCGGCCGAGUUGUCCCCAGGCACCAUCUGCACCGACCAGCAGAUGGACACGGCCGAUGGACGUGUCGAGGCCCGGAAGUUUGCGAAGAGCCUUUUCCAGGAGAAGUUCCAGGCCCCGCCUUUGGACAAGUCCGGCCGCCCUUCCAAGGACGUGCUCUACAUGCGCAAGAAGCUGCGCUUCUAA